AUGACCUGGAGCCAUUCUAUUAGGCUUCUGUUUGUGAUCAGUUUGAUGUUACAGAUCAUCCCCAUGGGAAACAGCUAUCAAACAGGGAAAUAUAAAAGUAGUAGAGAAGAAAGCAGCAGUGGUAAAGCUCAGAAGUUCCAGCAGAAAACACUCAACUGGACCUUGAAUAAUUUAAGGGAGGAGAAUGACAGCACGGAGGGCUGGAAGCCUCAGGGUUCAUUCCCCUACUCCUUGACUUUCCAAGAGCUAAGUGGCAGUGCUGCAGACAAAGGUCAUCCCGGUGCACCUCCGCGGCAGAGCUGCUGCCAGAACGGCGGCACCUGCGUGCUGAGCAGCUUCUGCGUGUGCCCCGCUCACUUCACCGGCCGCUACUGUGAGCACGACCAGAGGCGCAGCAAGUGCGGCGCCCUGGUGCACGGAGCCUGGACCUUCCGCGGCUGCCACCUCUGCAGGUGCGUCUUUGCGGCCCUGCACUGCCUCCCCCUGCAGACACCCGGCCGCUGCGACUUGAAAGACUUUCUCGCCUCACACUCUAAUGGACUGAGAACCCAGCUCCCGUGGCGUGUUCUCCUCCUCUUGUCCUGCUUCCUCCUGAAAUCCAUCCUCAGUGAACGGGGAGCCUGCUGA